GUCUCCCGCCGUAACAUUGAAAAAAGCUGGGACAACUUUUGCGUUGAAGAAACUACGACGAAGCAUUUGUUUCCGAGAGUUUUCACUUCUGCAGUUGUACAAUAAAAUUACUGAUGAUUGUUAUGAAUUGAAUAACUGCAAGACGGAACAAUGGAAGAGGGUCAAACAAUUGUUUUAAGCACCCAGGGCGAGGAAGAUCAAACAAUUGUUUUAGGCACCCACGAGGAGGACAACGUCGCCCACAAUGUGGACGGCAACACCCAGAUGGAAAUCUCUAUAAUCAAUAACGGCAGCGUCACUAACAUCAUCGAUGCCAGUGGGAACACCCUCAGCAGGCAGGAGGACGACGUCAUUGCUGUCCUCGGCCAGCUGUUUGAGAGCGCCGAGGACACCUUACAGCAAAUGGCCGAAGCUGCGAGUCAGAUAGAUCCCAGGCGUUCAGCACCUGACAUCCUGGAGGAGCCGAAAUCGGGCGGAUCACGACAUAGGCCGUUCGCCUGCCAGUGCGGGAAGACCUACACGUGCAAGAGCCACCUCAAGUAUCACCAGAAGGUCCACGACAACGUACGGCCGUACGUGUGCGACGUGUGCAACCUGAGUUUUCUGCAGCUGGGGCACCUGAGGCGACAUUCUCGGAUCCACACGCUCGAUAAACCGUACAAGUGUGACGUGUGUAACAAGUCCUUUCGGCAGAGUAGUCACCUCACCUGCCACCUGCGCAUCCAUACCAAUGAGAAGCCAUACAAGUGCGAGGUGUGUAGUCAGGGCUUCAGACAGAAGAGCGCCGUGUAUAGGCACAUCCAGCGUAUGCACAUCAAAGAGAAGGUGUACGUUUGUUCCCUUUGCGAAAAGGGGUACAGCGGGGAGGCCGACCUCCGCCGUCACGAGAAAACCCACGUCAACAUCACGUACUUUGCCGUCAUGAAUCUGCACACCAAACUAUCGAAGAUCUGCGGCCAUAUCGAAGAGGAGGACCCCUUAAUUCCUGCGGACAAUGGAGGGAUGCCACAGGAGAAUAAGGAGAAUGACAAUGCCAAGCAACAAACGAGCAACACCACCUCUCAAUCGCAGACGAUUGCUACGAGAAACCUCGUGGGAAGUAACACCACAAAGAAACAGACUAUGAUCACCUCAAAAACGAACGUAAAUAACUCGUCGAUUGUGAAUCACGUAAAUGCCGAUAACACCACAAUAAUGACUGGAAUCGAACAGAAGGGGAAUUUCACUUUUGUGGACGGCCUUCUGGCCCCUCUGUCUCAACCAGACGACCCAGCAAGACCAUUCAAGUGCGACGUCUGUAAUAAAUCCUACAAGAGCAAAGGUCACUUGAAGUUUCACUUCAAGGUUCAUCAGAUUGAUCGACCGUUCAGGUGUCCAUUCUGCGGUAAGGGCUUCCUCCAGAAAGGACAUCUGCGACGACACGUCUUGGUCCACACCGAGGAGAAGCCCUAUGUGUGCGCUGACUGCGACAAGGUCUUCAGGCAGAUCAGCCACCUCAACGACCACAAGAAGAUCCACGCCAACAUCAGACCAAGCGUCUGUCACAUAUGCUCCAAAGGGUUCCGGCAGACCAGCGCCCUCAAACGCCACAUCAUACGCAUGCACGCCACGCAAAAGUUGUUUGAGUGCGACUCCUGCGACAAGACGUACCGCCUUGAGUCGGAUUUGAAACGGCACCAGGCGACGACCUGCAAUAAGGAUAAGCCGCAACGUGUCCGGAGACCGAGGAAAUCGAAAGCCCCCGCUAAGAGGCGAAGGACAGCAGACAUGGUGGACGUAGAGGACAAUGUGGAGUCGGACUCUUGCAAUGUUUCACCUGAGAAGUCUCAUCAACGCCAGUCACAGAACUCCUCUCCAAGGAAAAUCUUCAAUUGUGAGAUCUGCGACAAGCCUUGCCGUAGCAAGGCCGACAGGAAGAUCCACAUGCGCAUCCACAACAAUGAGAAACCAUUCCAGUGCGGCAUCUGCCACAACAUCUUCCGUCAGCUGGCCCACCUCAAGCACCACAUGCUGAUCCAUACAGGGGAGCGACCGUACUCCUGUCAGCACUGCAGCAAGGCGUUCCGCGGCAACAGCGCCCUCACACGGCACAUUGAUCGCAUUCACCCAGUGGAGAAGAAAUUCGCAUGCGGGAUCUGCACGAAGGCCUGCGCGUCUGAGGCCGACAUCAAGCGACACCGGAAGUCACAUCGCAACGAGAAAGACGGAAUAGAGGGCGACAACAUCAAUGAUGGAGGUGAUGAAAACGACGCUGCCGGGGAAUCGCCAGAACCGAUGGACACCAAAGACUCAGAAGCGGACCCUGGUGACAAGGUUGUUGAGGAAGAGAAACAGCUAACAGGCAUGGAGGAUCCACUACCGAAUGCGAAGAAUCAACUAUCAGAAGCGGAGACUCAACUCCGUGAAGUGGAAGGCAGCCUUCCUAGUGCUGGUAAAGCCAAAGUUUUCUCGACCGUCGACGAAGAACAGACGGGGGAAGAGAGUUUGAAGGAAAGUGCGAACAUAGAAACUAUUGAAGGGACUCAAGACUUGAACGAGGGUCCUGAAACGGCUGAUACUGAAAAAUAGUUCUGCAGUCAAAUCGCCUUUAAAGACACUGGACACCUCUGGUAAAUCUCAAAGACCAGUCUUCUCACUUGGUGUAUCUCACC